AUGGGAGCUUCACUUUCUUCAGUGUUGUCCCUCAUCUGCACAGUGCCUAGUCCACUUAUGUGGCGUUGUCUGUUGGAGUUGAGACGGGUUGAACUGGAACGUCUUGAAGACUUCAACAACUGUACCUUCCAGCGCAAAGAAGCUCGCGCCAGACUGGAAAUUCUUGAAGAUUUCAGCAAACACAUCAUCCUGCCGAUGCUUAGAGUUCGUGGCGCACAUACCCCAGCUGAUUCGUCAUCCGCCAGUCCGUCUGAUAUCUCAUUGGCCGUCAGACAGAGUUUGUUGUUGUCCGCCAUCACGGGAGGUUUACGAGGUGGGAGUGGUGCGGGGCAUGAGGACGGUGAAAUCGGCGGCACCACGGCAUUGGACGCCUUCAUGUACUCGGACACAGCGUCGUCCGAGGUAAUCCACGCCGUCGGUGAUGGCGAGACGCUGAUUCUACGCAAGCAAAACCCCUCCGCCAUCAUUCUCACCGUCGAGGCGCUGAUGCUGGCUCGAGACGGUGGAAUUCUUGACUGGGACGACCAAGUUUCCGACGUCCUUGACGACAGAGAACUGCUCCUCGCGAAAUUUAAAUGGGACUUUCCAGCCUCCAAGUUGACCAACUGCCAGACCUCCGAGCCUUCCACGCUUCGACGCAUCUCCAAGUCGGCACCGAUUGUGGUUCCCUUCAACGGAGACCUGGACGACUCCGGAGAGGCAUCAUCGGCUCCUUCAACGAUGCCUACGAACCCUGCAGACUCCUGGACGCCCAGUUCCUCAGUGGUCAGUCUGAACCCGCCUCUUCGAACCAACGCGCCUGCACCUCCGACCUACGUGCAACGAACACCCUCACCAACUUCCUUAGACUUUGCCAUGGUGGUGAAUAACCCACAGGCACUACACCUGUCACCAACCGAUCACCCCCCCGCACGUGUGUGGCUCUUUACGAUGGCAAUUUUGGGUGUUGCCGUGUGUCGAUUUCUCUCCGAGAUAUCUAUGCGUCACCCGAAAAUCCAGAUUAUUACCGUGCUCAAGGAGAGAGACGACUUAUGCGGUUUCCAGGAGUCAGCUGAAAUGGGACAUCAAAUCUCCACACAACCCAAACAUCAUCCAUCCCGAUGGACUCAGUGUGAAAGAGAGAACAGUCCAGCUCAAGUCACCAACGCGAGGGCAACGGUUGCCAAUAGUAACCUUGUGCGGCGACCUGCGCCUCCACCUCCGCCGCCGCCUCCACCCCCACCGCCGCCACCUGUGAACACUGCUCAAAAAACACCCGAUCCUGCGAUAGCCACGACCACGACCACCACCACCUCCACGUCAGCCACAGAGUCGUCCACUGCACUGCCUUCUACAGCAUCGUUAACGAUGAAUUUGUCAAACGGUGACGAUCCUGCACAAGUUCUCGUCCGACCAUCGCCGGCUGCAAUCCCCGCUGCACUGUCCUCGUUUACCCAAACUCCGGCAGUUCCGCCUUGUACAGACUCCACAACCUUCAAUCCCGACGAGUCGAGCCCUCUGCAACGAUUUCGAGCCUCAGUUGCAUCACUCCCCUCCACUUCCAUGCUGGACGAUGCCACCAGAUACGCGCCACUUUCGAGGAUUCCAGAAGAAGAAGGCUACGACAGUCAGAGCACUUCCAACGACGCCGACACUGUCGACCGGCACGGCGCAGUGGACUGCUGCAACCGGCGAUCCCCAGUCUACGACGACACCUCGCAGGCCUCCACCGUGAUCCAACCGCUUCAGGCGCCGUGCGCACCACCGCCUCACUCGUCGCCGUCGUCGUCAGCCGCCAGCACCACCUUUCCACUCUCCUCCUCCCAGCCAACUCCCUCUUCGCUGCGAUCGUCACCGAUCAUUUCGACGGACUUCGAAGAGGAAGCCGACGAUCGACCUCAAGGCCUUGUUUCAAUUCCAGAUCCAACUAAGCACUUGUUCGGACCCACAGGAAUGGGGAUUGGUCAACGAUCCAGCGACAGGCAAGUACCAAAGAAGGAGGUGACGACGAAGCGACAGCGGUUUCCUGCCAAGGAGAAGUUUUUCCACGACGCCAACGGUGGCGGUGCCCGAGGUCGUGUCAAGGACGACAGCAGCACGCCGUCUAGUGAGGCAAGCAAUGGCCGGUGCGGGACGGCGAGCACCAAGGACCCACAAACCAUCAACAGUUCCACUCCUGUGCCUUCGACCGACCAAGGUUUGGUGUCUUCGGAUCCGCCGACCGCCAGACGCGAAGCCUCCAUCUGGUUCCUGCGUGAUCCACCCAAUGAGAAUGCUGCGCAUCGUCCAGCCGCGGGUUUCACGCCUGCGGCGUCCAGCGUCGUCUUGGCGGAGACCCCUGGUGCCUUCACGGACCUCCGAAAACCUCGGCCACCUCCUCCUCCCGUAACCAUGGCAACCGCGUCUGCUGCUUCUAAUCCCGUGGUUGGCAUCGCUCAUCCGGCACCACCGCCACCUCCCAAGCGAUCCCCUCAAACGGUCCUUACUGGCAAACCCGAUGACAGCAAACCGGCACCAAAGCCUGCUCCCCCUCCACCUGUAACCCGACCACCGACGAAGGAGGCGUCCGUAGUUUCGCCAGUUCCACGCAACACGACGCUCGCCAAUGACCACGACGACGACGAUCAAGAGGCCUCAAUUCAUCACAUGACCGACCUCCUCACGCGGAAACACGCCUCGGACAGUGUGCGUGAGUACCUCCUCUCGGCGGCCGUGGAGAUGGAACACGAGCGCGAGCGACGCCUUCAGGCCGCCGCCGUGAACGUGGUGGCAUUUCGGAGGCGCGUUCCUGCGGUUCAAGGGCACCCCCUGUUCGAAGUUUGCGGGCCUGGAAGUAGGCCGGUGCAGACCGCCACCUCUCCACCUGGACCUGACAGACCGACCUCUGCGAUCCUCUCGAAGGUCCUACCUGCUGAGGAGGAGAUAUCGAUUAGGCUUGUCAAAGCUGCUGCUGGUUUGGGCUUCAGUCUGACAACCAGGGAGGUGUUUUUAGGCGCCUAUCAAACUCACACCUCACCGCUGAAGCAGCAGCAGCAGACGUCUGGCACCAAGCCAAAAGCCGUCCACCUCACGCCAAUCUACGGCCGAGCUGUCUGUGUCAAGAGCAUCAUCCCGGGUGGCGUCGCUCUGAAAGAUGGCUCCCUUCGUGUUGGCGAUCGACUUUUAAAGGUUGACAGAAAGGACGUAUCGACGAAAUCGCAAGCGCAGAUUGUCGCCCUGCUGCGAGUGAAGCCCGUCGGGUCAGAGGUCGAGUUGGUGGUUCGACGACCGCGGUGGGUGACCGCGGCGGUCAAGAAUGAACCAUCGUUCGAGCCAGCCUAUCGGACGGUCGGACUAACUUCGAACCCUGGCGGUGGAUGUGCGUGCAUGUCGCCUCACUGCUCUGCGGCCGCCAGCGAAUACGGCGUGCUCAAACCACCGAUGACCAACCGAAUGGGUAGCCUUGACGACUCGCAUCUGGGAACCAAUACAGAGCGGUUUGAACGUUGUGUCUACCUCAAGCUGGACAUUCCUCUCCUACCAGUGGAACAACCUCAGCCGCUGCCUUUGCCAGAUGGCGGCGGGGGCGGCGGCUGCGGUGACCUUGAGGCAUCAGCUGCCACGACGAUCCGCAACCGCCUCGCCACGAUGCGACUGGGAGUGAGUGUCCGCGAGGACUUCCCUGACUGGUGCCCCAACACCCUCACAACCAGCGGCAUUUUCGUCAAGGGCAUUAUUGAGGGAGGCGCCGCGCAUGCAGACGGCCGCUUACGAGUUGGAGAUGAGAUCUUGGAGGUGAAUGGCUUCUCCCUAGUGAACGUUCCCAAUCCCCUCACCCUGCUCAGGGCGGUGCUCAAGCAGAUCUCCUCCUGCACCAGUAGAACUCCCCCAAUAAACUGUGUCAGCGAUGUCUCAACUUCAACGCCGAACGCCGGAUAUCCCAUCGUUCGCCUGCUCAUUGCCCGGCGCAUUCGACAUCGACGAUCUGCGUCCGGACACACAGUAAGCACUGGUGUCGUCAUCACCGGCGAGCCUGUUGCCGUUCGUCGAAUUUUCGCAGCCAUAGACCGUAUUGGCUAUCUGGUGGGGGCUGGUGCCCUCCCCAAGCAGUCUGGAAGGGCGAUAGAAGCCUUUCCAGGAAGCUUCACGCGCUGUUCUUGUGAUGCUGCUGCUGCUGCUGCCUUGUGCCCCGUAGACGACCCCUGUCUUCACGUGCUUUUGGCUGAAAUCAAUACAGGGAUUUGCUUCCUAAUGCUAGUGCGCUGUUUCAUGUGUGCCAAGUUGAAGCACGCGGAAUGUAUCGGUUCCAUCGCUGGAAUUGACUCCUCCUCCUCCUCCAUGGAAGCACCACACCUGGACAUCCCAGACCAGCACCCGACGCUGCUACUUCAGCGUUGCCUGGACCUCCAACACCAUCUUCAGUGUGCGUCCGAAGGCACCAACAGCAGUUCAUCAGAGGCGCAGAGCUACUCGCUCCGGAUCUCGGCGGACGUCCACACAACCACCACCGUCACCGCUGCCGUCGAUGUCACUGACGACCUCCUGCCAGCACCGCCGCUGACAAGCGCUUCUAGUCCUGGAACGAUGCGCAAGAAACGAGUUGCCCCAACCCCUCUUCCUCCCAACGCACCCCCUCCCUCCACCUCUCAGUCUUCAUUCCCAGUAAAGCAGAAUGCGUCUGAGCUGAAAAAGGCCUCGGAGGGCAAGCUGUGA